UUUGUGAGAGAUUUUUUUUAUUUGCUGUAUUGAAAGUUAAAAUAGUGCUAAUUUGCUGAGAAAUUGGUUUUACUAGUCCUAGGAGAGUAGCCAACACGCAUGCGCGUUUUGUUUCCUACGCUCCCUACCCCCUCGAGCCACCAGGGGCUAGUCGUUGGAGCGCAAUGGCGGUGCACCGGGGACCUUCUUCGAAAUGGCUCUUUUCCCGGGAGCAACUAGAAACAACGCCGUCCCGCCGCAGUGGAGUCGAAUCUGAUAGGGAACUUUCUUACCGACAGCAAGCCGCCAACCUAAUUCAGGAUAUGGGCCAGAGACUCAACGUCUCUCAACUCAUCAUCAACACUGCAAUCGUUUACAUGCAUAGAUUUUAUAUGAUUCACUCUUUCACUAAGUUUCAUAGGAAUAUCAUCUCCCAAACAACCUUGUUCUUGGCUGCGAAGGUGGAGGAACAACCUAGGAAGCUUGAACAUGUCAUCAAAGUGGCCCACGCCUGCGUCAACCCCCAGGAUGCACCACUAGACACCAAGAGUAAUGUUUUGAAAUAACAAUUGAACAUCCUCACACUGAUGUUGUGAGAUGUUCCCAGCUAGUGCG